GACGGAGCUGGUAGUUAUUUGAGGUGGAUUGUGGCAACCAACAAAGAAAGAACAAAAUAGAAAGUUAAAGAAAAUAAACAUGUGUGUGUGUGUGUUGUAAGAAAGCGACAGGUACGAGGGAGUUUGAAGAAAGACUUUUGAUUGAAAGCCGACGAUGACAAAAUAAUUGAGGAAGGAAAGGAAACUUCCAUCUCUCUCUCUCUCGUUUGUGUGCUGCUUGCUACUACUGAUUUACCUCAUCACUCAUCAACAGUUUUUCUGGUGAUGUCAAAUUUCAGUUUGUAUCGUCAGCACCAGAAAUUAGGGAAUUAGGGUUUGAGAAUUGUGACUGGUUUGGAAAUUAGGGUUUGAGAAUUGUGUUUCAAUUAUGAAUGGUGGCUUUUUGAGUAGUAUUUUGGACAUUGAAUCUUCAUUUCAAAGGCACCAACAGACUCAGUUAGGUAAUUCAUCUGGUCAACAAGAUAUGAAUAUCAUGCCUGGUUUGGAAAAUAAGAAUCAAUUUGAUACAAUUGAAGUCAAAAAUUUGAAUAUGGGGUUGACUUUUGGUAAAGGUAAGGGAAUUGCUAGUUCUAAUCCUGAUAAUAGUAAUGACAUGAGUGAAGACGAUGAGCAGGGUUAUGCUGAAGAUGGGAAUUGCGAGAAUUUUUACGACGGUGGUAAAGGUAAAAAGGGGGGAUCGGCUCCUUGGCAGCGAAUGAAGUGGACGGAUAAUGUGGUUGGACUUCUUAUAGCGGUAGUGAGUUGUGUUGGUGAUGAUGGAACAAUUGGUGGUGUGGAUGGGGGUGUUAAAAGGAAAUCUGUGGUUUUACAGAAGAAGGGUAAGUGGAAAACUGUUUCCAAGAUAAUGAUAAGUAAAGGUUGUCAUGUGUCGCCGCAACAGUGUGAGGAUAAAUUUAAUGACUUGAAUAAGAGGUAUAAGAGAUUGAAUGAGAUACUUGGUAGGGGAACUUGUUGUCAAGUGGUUGAGAAUCCUGCAUUAAUGGAUUCAAUGCCUAACUUGUCUGCUAAGGCUAAGGAUGAUGUUAGAAAGAUAUUGAGCUCGAAACAUUUGUUUUAUAAGGAAAUGUGUGCAUACCAUAAUGGACAAAGGAUACCAAAUAGCCAUGAUCUUGACUUGCAUAGUUAUUCGUUGGAACAUGGGAAGGACUCGAGAGAUAACGAUGGCUCUGAGGAUGAAGAUGAGGAUAACAAUGAAAGCGAGGAAGAUGACUUGGAUAAUGGAAUUAAUAUUAAUAAUGCACAUGGGGGUGGAGGGAGAAUGGAGGAGUUUUGCGAUGGAAAUAAGUUAAGUGAGGAUGAUGGCCACUUUUGGCCGCAAUCUGUUGGGAUGGCAAAACUUAAGGUUGAAAUGGCAAGGGUUUUUCAAGACCCUGCAAAGUCGCCGUGGGAGCGAAGAGAGUGGAUUAAGGUACAGCUGUUGAAGCUUGAAGAGCAAAAUGUGGAGUACCAAGCCAGGGCUUUUGAACUUCAGAAACAGCGGUUUAAGUGGUUAAGAUACUGCAGCAAGAAGGAUAGGGAGCUGGAGAAGAUGAGGAUGGAGAACAAGAGAAUGAAAUUGGAAAAUGAGCGCAGAAUCUUGAAACUGAAGCAGAGAGAGCAGGAGGCAGACUUCAGUAGGUCUGAGAUGUCCUUAGACCCUACUUCCAUUGGUAUCAAUCGGCCACGAGGGAAGGAACAUAUCAACUUAGCUAGGCAGCAGUAGCUCCCAGAAAGGAUCGAUCAUCAUUGCUUAAAUAAUUAAUGUCGAGGAAAACACGACCUACCUGUUCUUUCUUUUUGCUGUGAGUGUGGAGGUUUGGAGGCUAACUCAGUUAUGGCCUGUUAUAUAACUUCACAGACCUCAGAUUUGUGCCCAGAAUUUGUCUUCAAUUGCUUAAAGUGCAUGAAUGCAACACAAUGCAAUGUGAUUGCUAUGAAUUUUCGGAGCAUAUGGAAAGGUCGUAAUACAAAAGCCUGCAGCAAAAUACAAUUGCAACAGUGGCAUAUUAAGUUCCCACAUCCUAUCCUAUAUAUCUAAAGAAGAUUUUAGUCAAGAAAUGUGAUAUCUCUGUUAACCGAGUUUUGAACUUUGGUUCGCUAUAUUUUCCACUAGGCUUAACCCAGGCUAAGUUAUUAUUUACGAGUCUCAUGAUAAGAUUGCAUAAUUGCCGAGGGAAAUUUUAGAAAGAACAUCGUAUUAAGCGUAAGAAAGGAAUCUAGUGGUAAAAUAUCUAUUCUAUAUCGAAUCCAACUUAUCACAUUAAUGGUAUACGAAUGGACCAUAUACUUGAUCGAUCAAGUUUACAUGUUUGGAUAUCUCGAAUUUUUGCAGUCAACACAUCAUUGAUCAUUAAAUUGAAAUCUAACGGUUCAUAUUUGAAGUUUGAGAUUUUGUUUUUUCUAAAAAUAUCAAAAUCUUUUUUUUUUUUUUUUUUGUGAACUGUGAACUGAAUCCAACAAACACCAAAGCAUUGACUUUGAAUGUAUGAAUGAAUAUCCCUACCAAAUAGUAAUAGUGUACUAGUAUAAAAAAUAAAACUCCAAAGCAAUUGUACCAUGAUGUCAUUGAAAAGAAAAAUAUGUAAUUAUAUAUUGAGCUGUCAAUUUCUUUUCCUAUAGAUGAAUUCAACAGUUGGAAAAUUAAGCGCAGCCAAACUUGUCCUAAGUCAAAAUAAGCUUAAUUGCAACAAAUUUCCAUGGAACUUUCCUUUCCAUUUUCUUAGGAGUGUGAACUAAUUUUGUAGCAGCAUUUAAUAGUCUAUUAUAAGAAGUAAAUUCCAAUUUUUGCACCAUAAGCUUGCUUGCUUUAUAAUAACAGGUUUCAUAUCUCAAAGAGUUCAUAACUCUUAAAUAUUUCCAUUCAUACACUUAUCUCAAGAUCAUAUAUAUCCUUUGUUCAUAUUUCAUCAGCCAAGAACAAGGAUACAAUCUAUUUUUCAGUCAGUGGAUUAACAAUAUUAACCACUCAAGCAUUGAUGAUGGCUGAUAGAAGACACCAGCAUCCAACGGUAGCACAAAAAUUUGGUUCACAAUUUCAUCUAAGAUCAAACAUUUCUCCACAUGUUGUAACUUCCUAUAGAAGUUUGGAAAAACCUGUUCUGUUUCAGCAACAUGUUGGUUCAGUUGCUUCAUCACAUAUGUUUGUUCCGUCACCGUCGGAGAAAAACUUUGCAAGCUUUGCAACUGAUUUUCUGAUGGGUGGAGUUUCUGCAGCAGUGUCCAAAUCUGCAGCCGCUCCUAUAGAGCGCGUUAAGCUUCUGAUUCAAAACCAAGAUGAGAUGAUUAAGGCUGGUAGGCUUUCUGAACCUUACAAAGGUAUUGGUGAUUGUUUUGGAAGAACAAUCAAAGAUGAAGGAUUUGCUUCACUUUGGAGAGGAAAUACUGUCAAUGUUAUCCGUUACUUCCCUACACAGGCAUUCAACUUUGCAUUCAAAGACUACUUUAAGAAGCUAUUUAACUAUAAGCAAGAGAGGGAUGGAUAUUUGAAAGUGUUUGCAGGAAAUAUUGCAUCUGGUGCAGCAGCAGGAGCUUCAUCUUCCGUCUUUGUUUACUCAUUGGAUUACGCACGAACUCGCCUUGCAAAUGACGCCAAGGCCACGAAGAAAGGAGGAGAGAGGCAAUUCAAUGGCUUGAUUGAUGUCUACAGAAAGACAUUCCGAUCAGAUGGUAUUGCUGGUCUUUACCGUGGCUUCAAUGUUUCGAUUGUUGGAAUCAUUGUCUACCGUGGUUUGUAUUUUGGAUUGUAUGAUUCUCUUAAGCCAGUGCUCUUGGUAGGAACAUUGCAGGAUAGUUUCCUUGCUAGCUUUGUUCUAGGAUGGGCUGUUACAGUUGGUGCUAGUGUUGCAUCUUACCCUUUAGACACCGUCCGUAGAAGAAUGAUGAUGACAUCAGGUGAAGCUGUAAAGUACAAGAGUUCUUUGGAUGCUUUCUCACAAAUUGUGAAAACUGAAGGUCCAAAAUCUCUCUUCAAAGGUGCUGGUGCAAACAUUCUUCGAGCUGUUGCCGGCGCUGGUGUGCUUGCAAGUUAUGAUAAACUUCAGGUGCUUAUGUUGGGAAAGAAAUAUGGUUCUGGUGGAGCUUAAUUAUCAAAAAGAGAGACUAUAAAAUAUAAGAUGGUGAUGAUGAUGAUGAUGAUGAAAAAAUACCAACAAAUAAAUCAGUUUAAACUGUUAAAUUGAUUAUUUAUUUCUUUAGAAACAUAACUAUUUUUUCAAUGUACUCUAUAUAGUUUGCUGAUUUUUA